UGCUCGCGUUCACGCGUUUUUUGCAAUGCGGGAACCAUUUCUAAACUAUAUUCUAUCUCUAUCGUUUCUAAGUUUCGUGUCUUAGUAGAAACGAGACAGAACGUGUGCAGUGCUUUUAUUCGACUAUGGCAGUGUCACAUCAAUGGUUUAUACAAUGGUUGCCUCCGUCUAUGGUACUGUCGGACGUAAACCGGGAAUAUCAAAGUAUCAAUCAUCGAUGGAACGAUAAAUGGUCAUCUCCUGUGUUACGCAAUGUGGACAAAGAGUUUGAAUAUUAUGACCCUUAUGAACCACCAGAUUCCGUUCAAAGACAGGAACAGCCGGCUUAUAAAGACGAUCAAAAGAAUGUAGAGUUCAAAUAUAAUGACUAUACCAAGACGACAGGGCUGAUGGUAUGGCUGACGAUGCUAGGAAUGGCGCCCGCACAAAUAAUGCCCGCCGACGUGGACACGCCGCCCUUCAGCACACUUUACAAAUGGAAGCACAUCGAUUUUGAAUUUCCCACACCGAGGCAUCGCAGACACGCUCUUGCUACUAGGAAGUACAUAGCCGAGAAUGUGCUACCUUUAGGCCUGGAAGUGUGGGGGACACGCGUGUGGGUCACCUUACCAAGCUGGAGGCGCGGAGUUCCAGCCACGCUAGCAACAAUACCACGGUCUGGAGGCUUACCAUCACCUGUUCUUAAACCCUAUCCAAAUUGGUCUUUCCAUAGGGCUUUCUAUAAGGGUAAAAAUUGCUCUGGAUUAACUUCGGUAUUUAGAGUAAAUGCUGACUCUUGUGGCAGACUGUGGGUUCUGGACUCCGGGCAGAUCGACUCCCAAGACGAUCCAAAACAAAUCUGCCCACCGAGUAUGGUCGUGUUCAACCUCAAAACAGAUGAGUUGGUAGCCCGAUACCCAAUACCGCAGAAAUAUGUUCUUCAAGAUUCCUUAUUUUCCAACAUCAUCGUCGAUACGAGGAAGCCCGACUGCUCAGAUCUUCACGCUUACAUUGCAGACACGUGGCGCUUUGGUCUGCUUGUCUUCAGAGAAAGUGAUCAGAGGUUUUGGAGAUUCUCCCAUCAUUUGUUCUAUCCAGAUCCACUGGCGUCGAACUACAGCCUUCAUGGACUUAGUUUCCAGUGGGCAGAUGGAAUUUUUGGAUUAGCUCUCUCGCCUAUCAAGAAAUUUAAGGAAAGAAUACUAUACUUCCACUCUAUGUCUAGUUACAGAGAGUUUUUUGUGUCCACUGAUGUUCUACGUCAGCCUUCGCGCACUAACAACAGCGCUAAUGAUUUUCAUCUGGCUGGCGAGAGUAGAGGAUUAUUCGGACAGGCUUCUGCUUCAGCCAUCGAUAGAAGAGGCAUCAUGUAUUACGGCCUAGUGACUAGAGAUAGUAUAGGGUGCUGGGAUACGCACAAGCCGUACAAAAAGUCUACUAUAGGUGUGGUAGCGAAGAAUACAGAAACUCUUAUAUUUCCUAACGAUAUAAAGGUUGACAUGGAUAAGGAUCAGAGCGUGUGGGUGAUUUCGAAUCGCUUGCCGAUGUUCCAGGCGGGCCCAUUGAGUGCCGACGACUAUAAUUAUCGUAUACUAUUCGCUGACACGUCGGAAGCUGUACGAGGCACAAUUUGCGACCCCGAAGUACGUACCACACCCGCUUUCUCUCUGUUACAACGGGGUUGGUUAUAAUGGAUGAUCAAGCCGAUGAUUAAAAGACAUUAAAAUUUAUUUAAAAAGAUAUAAUUACUUCCGAGUUAAUCAUGUAGAUAUAAAGUUGGUGAAUUAGCGUACUCCGGAAAAGAAAAUGCCAUAAUUUGUAUUAAAAGUGCCUUGGUAAAUAAUUGUCUUCACAGUCAAAAGGACAGUGAUAUUAUAACUGGUCAUCUAGUGAUAAUUUUAUGUAAUUCUAUAUAAUUAAUUAUAAAACUUAAAUGUGGUACAGAAUAAUCAUUGCUUUUAUUCA